AUGUCGAACCUUACGAAAUUAGAGUUCACGACUCUUGACAUCACAAGAAAGAAUUACCUUUCUUGGAUUCUAGAUGCUGAAAUUAAUCUUGCCGCUAAUGGUCUUGGAAAUACCAUCAAAGAUGAAAACACUGUGUCCGACCAAGAUAAGGCCAAAUCAAUGAUUUUCCUUCGUCGUCAUAUUCACGAAGGUUUAAAAAUUGAGUAUCUCACUGUGAAAGAUCCAUUGGCCCUAUGGAAAAAUUUGAAUGAAAUGUACGAUCAUUUAAAAACUAUCAUUCUUCCAAAAGCUCAAUUUGAAUGGCUACAUUUACGCCUACAAGACUUUAAAUCAGAGAGUGAAUAUAAUUCUGCUUUAUUUCGGAUUACUUCUCAACUCAAACUAUGUGGAGAAACUAUUACUGACGGAGACAUGUUAGAGAAAACAUUCUCCACAUUUCAUGCAUCGAAUGUGCUCAUGCAGUAG